UAAAGGUAAAACUACAGCGUCUUGGCACACAUUCAAAUUCCCGAGGGUUUGACCGACUUUGUUUACGUUUAAUUCUGUCCAUGAUGGUAGCAGUAGUAGUGAUCUUUUUCUUCCUCGUCUUCGCCUCACAAGCAGCCCAGGAUUAUAAGUAUGUGUCAACAUGUCCAUCAACAUCUUCAGAAUGGCAACAAGAGGCCACGAGGAAAAACUGUCGAGAGCCAACGCCCGACUAUCUGUGUGCCGCGGAGCAAAAUUCGCCGGGACGAUACGGAGAAAUUUGCACCAAAUAUGGCUUGUUCCCCGCAGGUACAUGUGCUGUACUUAAUCAGCAGACACACAACAUGGACGCGAUACCAUGUAAGGCCCCGGUGGGAUGUCCAGACGAGCCAUACUCCCCGAGGAAUCUUUACAACUGGUUAAUUUGUUUCGGCGAUUUUUACGGACCUGACAGGACUGAGUCAACCACAGCGACCACAAUACCUCAAAACACAACUAUUAAAACGUCUAUAACUACACACAAACCAGAAAAGGAUCCUGGAUCCGGUUGGAUUGCGGGCGUCAUUAUAGUGUUAUUGCUUGUUCUGGUCGGCUUGCUAGUUAUACUGUACAUUCUAGAUAAGAAAAAAAAAUGGGGUUUGUGGAAAGCCUUUAGAACGCGAGUAACAGAUAUCAUUCCUCGGUUUCAUGGACGAAGAGAACAAAACGUGGUCAGUGGAGAAAAUCAAGACGAAGAAAGAGCUGAAAAACUGCUGACAACUCCUUUGGUUUCAGGGACGUAUUUAGAACCUUCAUCAAUAUCAAAACCUGUUAACGGGAGCGCUGCGUCCAUUGAUGGAGAAGAUGCUUUCUGGAAAUUGACAGCCCUUCACCGCUACCUCGUUGUUUCUUUAAAGCACUACAUUGGGAUCGAAGAAUUAAAAGACAAACUCAUUCUGUUCAAAAGCUCUCUCAUCGAAAACUUUAACGAGUUCAUGCUGGAACCAUUGCAUAAUUUACAGUCUUGGGAUGACUACGAAGAAUUGGAUUCACUACUGGUAUACAAUCUCCUCCGUAAUAUUUGUAAUCAUAUACAUCCCCCAAAGCGAGGAUGGGACUAUGAACCCGAUAUAGAGGACGAUGGUUUAGGAGCCGAUAUUGAAAGGGUGCGUUUAAUGUGGAAUAAAUAUUGCGACGGGGAGACUGUAUUUGAUCAAAUCAACGUAGUUUAUGCCAGAAUGCAGGAAAGAUAUGGAAACAUUUCGCAGCAGAUUGAUGAAAUACAAGAUGGUGAAACUUGCUCGCUACCAAAAGAAAAGAUAUCACCAAGUGUGGAAUUGAAACCCGAAUGUGAGGUUGAUGAUGGAAUCGUCAUUAGAAAAGGAAUAAAAUCAGUUAUAGAAAUUCUAGGAGAAAAUAAAAUGGUAAUCUGUAAAGGCGCCAUAGGAUGUGGGAAAACUACUUGUCUAAAACACAUAGAGAAAAUCUACAAGGGGAUGGGCUGGCAUGUGAAGUGGAAAGAAGGAACUUUAUCGACCCAUGGUAUUUCAGAAAAUAAAACUCUGUUAUGUUGUGAUAACAUGUUUGGAACAUAUAACCGAGGCGAAUUUGUUAGAACCUCAGAUGUUGUUGAAUUUUUGGAAACUCACGAAGGAGAUAGCGAUAUGCAUGUGAAGAUCGUCCUAGCUAUUCAUGAUCAUGUGUUUGAUGAGCUACAGAAAAAUAAUUUGAUAAGAACUUUGCAAAACAAACGUUUAGUAGUUGACAUGAAUGAAUUAUCAGAUGCAGAAACAAUGCUAAUUUUCAAAGAUCAAAGAAGAAAGGGACAUUGUACCAUGGAUCCCAAUUGCUGGUUUCGUAAAGUUGAUUUCGAAUCUCUCAAACGUACACUGCAAAGGAAUACGGGUUUUAUUGGUGAUCCAGUCCUGACCUUGUUGUAUUCUAAUCACCAUGAUAUCUUUGCCACGGAAGAGGCUACACGUAAUCCUUUUCAAAAACUUUGUUCUAAAGUGCAUAACAUGUCAACGACAAAGCCAGAAUUGUUCAAUGUAUUGGUUUAUAUGAUGUUCGUUGGGAGUCACCGCUUGGAUUUGGAUGUACAGAGAUGGGCAACAGAGAAACCCUUUCAUCUUACAACUGAAAAAAUACAGCAAAAUAUCCGACAUCUUCACGCCUAUAUUGAUGGAACUGUUGAUGGAAGAACAAUUAGAAUGAAACAUGAACUGUUAAGCCUUGCUUUAUUCCACGUUUGCGCAAUGGAUGGAAGAUAUUUACCUGCUCUUCUGACCCACUGUCGGAUUCAAAUGAUAGAAGAGCUACUACGACCAGCGUCCACUGUGACCUGGAAUAACUUUUGCUUCAUUUUGGAUGAAAGCAAUUUUCAAGCUCUUAUUUUGAGAAUUGUAGGGGAAAAGUUGUUAAUGAAUUUGAAAAAUCAUCCACUCAUGGAAAAUGUUCAAUUUCAUCGAAAACUUAAAGACAAUUGUUCGCGGGAAGUUUGGAGGAAAAUUUUUCCAAUAGAUUAAAAUUGCAGUCAAACUCUACUGGUAUUUUCAUGACAAAAAUAUUUUCACAGACAACUACCGGUAUCAUACAAGUUAAUUAUAUUAAGACUAAUUAAAUAUUGUUUAACAUCCCUCUUGAGAAUAUUUCAUUCAUAUGGAGACAUCACCAUUGCCGGUGAACGGCUGCAAAACUUAGGCCUAUGUUCGGCGCCCAUUGCCUUUGAGCAGGGAGGGAUCUUUAUCGUGCCACACCAGCUGUAACACGGGACCUUGAUUUUUGCGGUCUUAUCCAAAGGACUGCCCCAUUUAGUCGCCUUUUACGACAAACAAUGGGUACUGAGGACUUAUUCUAACCCGGAUCCUCACGGGAAAAUUAUCAUAAGUGAUCGACGUAUUAUGUCUUGUACUCGAUAUAAUAAUCCCGUGCACUCCAGAUAUUAUAUCACAUUCUUCGUUAACAAUCUAAUAUUUAAGUGUAAUGGUUACCGUUAUUUUUUAUUUAAUGAUUGGAUUAUCAUUGCACAAGUACUACAUUUGUUUGUUUGUGAAAUUAAAACAAUAGACCGUGUAGAUGUUUGUGAACGUAAUGGUUAUAUUUUUAUAUUAUGGGUCAAAAUAAACCCAGACCAGCAGAAAUCAAUUACAAACAAUUCAGAGAUUUGACAGUUUAUAUACAAUUAUUUAGAGAAAAAUAUGGCAAUAAAAAUUACUACACUUUAACUUACAGUACGCCUGAUCACAUUUUACAAAGUGUCCAAUAUUUGUUUACCGUCGAGCUGAAUUCAGACCCGAGAAUGAAGUUGUCAGAAAUCAGCCUUUAAUUAAUUCCAAUCCAGUUCCCAGUAGAGUGAUUAUUACCACAACAUUUACAGUCUGCUGAUACUAAAACAAACGUAUUCUAGAAAACUUCAUCUCUGGAAAGUAUAACACCAAUAAACAGGCAUUACUACUGAACUCUAACAAACAUCGUUCUAAAACUAGAACAUAUGGAAUAGAACAUCAAUCAAGAACAAUGUAUUGCACAACACCUCGUCCCAGUUGGAGUUACAUUGAGAACUUAAAAUUCUCCAAACUUCAAGACCUGAAUGCAUAUGUACAUCAAACCAAAGCAAGAAAAAUAAAACUGAUACAAUGUGUUCAUGAUAUUCUUGACAAGACAUCUGUAAUGUCAUUGUCUUUGCCUUCAAUACAUUUAUAUCAAUAUCAUACUCUUGUAAUAAUAAACUCCAUCUUAUGAGUCUGA